AUGCCGGAAAACCGCUCGGGAUCAGUGCCUCCGUCGGUAGGAGGCCCACGUGUCACGUCUAAAGUAGCUUCGCUUAGCUCGCAGCGCGUUUCCCUGCCUCAUGAUGAUGACCCACUACACCAUUUGGAUCAUUGUGGCGAGCAGUUUCCGACCCGCGUGGGUAAAUUUCUGGAACCAGAAAAUCCACUAUCUUCUUCUCUGUCCAAUUUCACGGAUGGAGCAACUGUACAUACUCCAGACACGACUGAAGAGACUGCACGGGACAGUUCCCGUCCCCCGUCAUCCGAAAACUGCAUGCGUCGCCGCACCGCGAGACGGCAUUUUUCUGCUCCAAGUGAAGGCACAAGCCUUGUUGCCGCCACAGCGCCAACCCGUGCAUGCACUCCUCGUAUUCAACAACUUACAGAUUGGAAGGCCUCUGCGGCUGCUUCUCAGGACACCGAAAGUACAUGCGUCAUCAUUCGUGAUGAGAGAUACUCAUGGGAGCAUAUCACUGGACGACGCAUGCACAGACCCACUGAAAUGUCAGCUCAUUGUAGCAGAAGAUUGUACCCCAUAGGCAGGUCUCCUGGGGAGCACCGUGCUGGUGACACUCACGGGAACCCCGCUGUAGGCAUUGUUCAUUCAGUAUUUUCAAGCUUUCCAGCAUCAUUCAGGGCCCUCUUUCGGAGAUUAUAUGGGGGGCAGCAGCAGUCCUUGGUAUCUCCCUCGCGAGCAAGUCAACAGCAGGUUUCCCGCCAGCAUCACCGCUCUCCACACAGCUUGAAUUCGCUUUCUUUGAUUGCAACGGGUCCAAAUUUCCUUAGAGGCCCAGCAAAUGAUUUUGAGCACUUUGUAGAGGAGCAUGAGGACAGUAUGAUGUUCCGAGGCUACGAACUUGACCACCCAAUUUUUUUCAUACUUUCUGAAGGAGAUGAAGCUGAGGAAGUCAUGCCUCUGGCCUCGAGAAAUCCUAACGAAAGGCUAUUAUCACUCCGGCAGGUGCUCAAUGCUCAUAACAUAGGCAACAGGUUGAAUGUAUAUGCAUUUAAAUGGACAUACGAUGAAGGAAUGAGGGGAAAUGGGCACCCAGUUACAAGGUGUUUUUCUUCGGCAGGUAGCGAAGAGGCUGGAAGUGUCAAAGGGGCAUUACAGAGAACUUCGACAAAAGAUGACGGCGGCUUUGGAAUCCCUUCUUGUCAGCCUCAAGAUCAAGAUGCUCACGGGUGUUGCAUAUGUUUAAGCAGCUUCAAAAGAGGCGAAUCGAUGUUCACAUUGCGGUGCUUUCAUAUAUUUCAUGCAGAAUGUUUGGAAAGGUGGAUCCAGACAAGCUCUACAACAAAAUGCCCUUUAUGUUUCACAGAAAUCGCUGAGUAA